AUGUGUGGCAUAUUUGCCUGUCACAACCACCCGGACGUGGUCAAGUUCAAGCCCACGGCUCUUCGGCUCUCGAAGGCAGUUCGGCAUAGGGGACCUGAUUGGAGCGGCAGCGUUAUUUCUAACCAAACGAUACUGUGCCAUGAACGGCUCAGUAUCGUCGGCGUUGCAGAGAGCGGAGCUCAACCACUCACCAAUGCCGAUGAGAGCAUUGUCCUCGCCGUCAAUGGCGAGAUCUACAACCACCGUCUUAUCCGGAAGCACUUGAAGCACCCGUACCACUUCAAGACCACAUCGGACUGCGAGGUCAUCAUUCCUCUGUAUCUCGAGUAUGGCCUCGAUGCGCCCAAGUACCUCGACGGCAUGUUCUCGUUUGUCCUCUACGACAAGAAGCUAGACCGCACAAUAGCCGCCCGCGACCCCAUCGGCAUCACGACCUUUUACCAGGGUCGGUCGUUGUCGCAGCCCGACUCGGUGUACUUUGCGUCUGAGCUCAAGUGCCUCCACCCAGUCUGCGACACGAUCGAUUCCUUCCCGCCCGGGCAUGUUUAUGACAGCCAGACAGACGAGAUGACUAGGUACUUCGAACCCACGUGGUGGGAUGAGCACAAGACCCCCGACACGCCUCUCGACCUGAAGGUGCUCCGUGAGACGCUCGAGAAGUCGGUCAGGAAACGUCUGAUGGCCGAAGUGCCUUACGGUGUUCUUCUCUCGGGUGGGCUGGAUUCCAGUCUGGUUGCGGCCAUUGCGCAGCGCGAAACCCUGCGGCUGAAGAAGCUGGCCGAGGAGACCAAUGGCAGUGCCACCGAGCAGAACCCAGACGGCCUCGACAAGGGCGAAGGGCUGGUUGGUAUCGACGACGACAACAAGCUGUCGACCAUGACUUUCCUUCCCCAGCUCAACUCCUUCUCCAUCGGUCUGCCAGGAUCCCCCGACAACAAGGCCGCGUUAGAAGUCGCCAGGUUCCUCGGCACAAAGCACCACGUCAUGACGUUCACCAUCGAGGAGGGUCUUGAUGCGCUCUCGGAUGUUAUUUACCAUCUCGAGACGUACGACGUCACGACCAUCCGCGCAUCGACACCCAUGUACCUGCUUUCGCGCAAGAUCAAGGCCAUGGGCAUCAAGAUGGUGUUGAGUGGCGAGGGCAGCGACGAGAUCUUUGGCGGCUAUCUGUACUUCCACGGCGCGCCCAACAAGGAGGAGUUCCACGAGGAGUGCGUUCGCCGGGUCAAGAACCUGCAUCUAGCUGACUGCCUCCGUGCCAAUAAGUCGACUUCUGCUUGGGGCUUGGAGGCCCGUGUCCCAUUCCUGGACAAGGAGUUCCUCGAGGUAUCUAUGAACAUCGACCCCAAGGAGAAGAUGAUUACCAAAGAGAAGAUUGAGAAGUACAUUCUCCGGAAGGCUUUUGAUACUUCAGACGACCCCAGCGCCGAGCCUUACCUCCCCGAGAAGAUCCUCUGGCGCCAGAAGGAGCAAUUCUCGGACGGUGUCGGGUACGGGUGGAUCGACUCGCUCAAGGACACUGCCGAGAAGACCAUCACGGACGAGAUGAUGAAGAACCCAAAGCCGGAGUGGGGUACCGACAUCCCGGAUACCAAGGAGGCGUACUGGUACCGCCUCAUGUUCGACGAGCACUUCCCCACGUCUUGCGCGUCGACGGUUAUGCGGUGGACCCCUAAGUGGGUCAAUCAGUCGGAUCCCAGCGGCAGGGCAAUUGCUAUCCACAACGACAAGUAUGAGGAUGCUUAG